ACCAGUGUGGUAUGUGUUUGCGUGUGUGGAUGUCCUCUCGCGUGUGGGUAGUGGAAUGUAGCUUCGGUGUGUGUGGUGUAUUGAUGGUGGUGGUGUAUUUGUGUAGUGGCAUUAGGUGGGGGGCGGCUUAUCUCAUUUAGCCACAUAACUUGCCCACAAACUUGCAAAAAUUUAACACGGCCCUUUCUUAUAUGUGGCGAAGAUUUUUGUGGUCCGAUAUACAAAACCUUGAAAAUACGCGGUCGACCACCCGUAAAAACAUAUGUUGCAGUUUUCGUUUGCUUAGCUUUAAAAGCAGUACAUUUAGAAUUAGUUUAAGACCUAUCUUCUAAUUAGUUUAUUUUCGCCCUAAAAGGGUUCAUUUGACGCCGAGGGAUGCCGAGGAAGAUAUUCAGCGACAACGCCACCAAGCUACGCGAGCUGAAAGAAGCAUUUCUUGCCCAGUCAGCAGAAGUAAAGAGAUUCGCCGCAGAAGAAGGAUUUAGCUUCACCUUUAUAUCACCGAGGGCGCCGCACUUCGGCGGGUUAUGGGAAGCUGCGGUGAAGUCCGGCAAACAUCACAUCGUUCGCGUAAUCGACAACGCGCUACUGACCGCAGAGGAACUGUCAACACUACUGGCAGAAGUGGAGGUCAUCCUCAAUUCUCGGUCCCUAACACCAUUGAGCCUGGACCGACGGCGACGCACUAACCCCAGCGCAUCUACUGAUAGGGUGCUCCCUGCGAGCAUUACCUCCGGAGCAGGUGUCAGUGGACCUAAUUCGUUGCUGCGAGAGAUGGCAACUGGUUUGCUCUCUCAAGCAACAGUUUUGGCGACAGUGGUCCAAAACAUAUCUGACGGGCCUUCGGGAACGCAACGAGCGGAUGCACCCUCAACGACCUCGUCCACGAGGACAACGUGCCGCCACAGCAGUGGGUAUUUGGACGCGUCGUCGCAACCGUGGAAGGACAAAACGUCAAGGUUUUUUUUUCAAAAUUAUUUUAUUUAUUGUAUCUGCUUUUUCUUCAAGCCUAAAAAUAAGUAAUGAAAUCUUAAAUCUAUUUAAAAACUAGACAGACUCAAGCAAGUGAUUGAGCUGUUUUGGUGUUACGUCGCUCUUUAAUACGCAGGCAUACAUCUUCUUUUAAGUCGUGUUUGAUCGCAGGAAUGUACCAAAGCAUUAGCCAAAUGGUUUGGGUGGUCUCGGAGUUUAGAUAUAUAUUUAAUUCUGCUGUCUUCUACUUCUUUUUUUACCAUAGGAAUACCAAGGUCUUUAUGGAUAUUUUCGUUACGCAUGUACCAUGGUGAACACGUGAUUGUUCUAAGCAUUUUUGACUGGAACCUUUGUAUUAGAUUAAUAUUAGUUGCAAAGGUCGUACCCCACAGUUGAAUGUCAUACUUCCAAAUCGGUUUUAUGACCGAAUUAUAUAAGAGCACUUUGUUGUCUAGGCUAAGUUUGGAGUUUUUAUUUAAAAGCCAAUUUAAAUUUGUAGCUCUAAUCUUCAUACAUGUUAUUCUACUAGAUACAUGUGUUUUCUCCACGUGAGCCUCCUAUCUAGGUGAAUACCAAGAUAUGUUACUUCGUUCGCUAAGAUAUUGUUUAUUUUUACUGCCGGGCACAUCUUUGGUCUUAGCGAGAAUGUAAUGUUCUUACACUUCUGUUCAUUCACAUUUAUACGCCAGUUCGCUAGCCAUUCUUCGACAGAACUUAAAUGCUCCGUUAAUAUUCUUGAUGCCAAAAUGUGGCAUUUAUUACGGCUCACUAUUGCUGUAUCGUCCGCAAAAGUUGAAGUUAAUACACUAGGGGUAUUCGGGAUCUGUUGUAUUUGCCAUUGUAUUUUUGUAUUCGUGGUUUCUGUGGUUUUUAUAGUAAAUGUAGUAAAAAUCCAAAAACAGAAUAUACAUACCAUUCAAAUACAACAGUGUAAGAAAAUACGAUAGUGCGACCCUAUUGUAAUUGUGUCGUUUGAAGUAAUUUGCAGCUAUUCCUAUUUUGUUUGUUUAUAUUUAUUUGUAUGGACGCUUUUAUAUAUUUUUAUACUACAGAUGCCUUCUGCACAAAUUUUUUACAAAAAAUUACUAUUGGAAACAGGAAUCUCAGCAGAUUGGAAUUUAGUUCGGUGGAAAGUACGCAACAUGCGCACCGCAUACAACAAAGCAGAGCAGUGGAGAAAUGGGACAGGCACCGGCCUGUUAGAGGAACAAGGUAUCGAAAGUAUUGAUCGUAAGUAUAAUGAAUUUCGAAAUUUAUAUUUUAUUAGUAAUUUUUUUUAUGCUUUUAGAAAAACUGAGCAAGAUGGGUCCCCAUUAUAAGCGAUUGCAGAGCAUAUUUUUUAAGAGCAAAUCGGCAGACUCGACACAGUACGUGUUCCAGUCCGAAGAUGGUACAACUAAUCAUGGUGAAUGUGAAAUUAUUCAGCAGAGCGAAUAUGACAGUGGUAGUAUGUUCGUUGACGAAAUUGCGACAACGACUGAAAGCGAACAUGAUAAUUUAUUUUAUACGUUGCCGAAUGAUAUAGAAAUUGCAACACCAGUUUCUUCUAAACGAGCUCAAAAUAUAAAUGACAAAAAGGCAGUAGAAUUCGCUGCAAAGAUGAGGAAAUCGGCACCGAAAACAGCAAUUAGCAAAUUAUCUGCACUACAAUCGGAAAGAAAUGAGCUACAAAUGCAACGCUUAGAAUUAGAAAAGGAGAAACACAGAGACUACAUGGAAAGGGAGGAAAAACGGAUAAGUAUAGAAAAGGAAAAGUUUGUUUUGGAAAAAGAAAGACACGAGAAGAUGUUUGCGCUGGAAAAAGAAAAAUUAGCCCUAGAAAAAGAGAACAAUAAGGAUAAAUUAAAAAUUUUGACUAUGGAGCUGGAGAUGAAGGAGCGACUAGCACGUUAUGAGUUAGAACUAAAAUACAAACAGUAA